GUUUAACAAGACGGACCAACUCUCUCAUUUGCGCUUGAACGUUCUCUUCAAACUUUAUUCCAAGACCGAAACCAUCGCAAACGCCAAUAAAGAUCAGCCUAACGCGCACGCUGGUAUUCUUAACCAGACCUUGUAGACAGGUGAUAUAUACGAGUGCGCGCACGCAUGUUAAGCAUUUGCUACCCCGUCUUGUUUGUGAUUCUUACAGAGACGUGUUCCUCAGGGAAAUAAACUAGAGGAAAAAAAAACGAAGUGGAUUAUUCCCUACUUGCGACGUCGGGUACUGAAAGUCAAAUAAACAAGCAUGAUUUUUUUGAAAAAGUAAAUACAACAGAGAGCUGUUAUCGAUUCAUUAAGGAAAUACGACGACACGCACAAUGGAGCAGGAGGGUUCAAUGGACUUCAAAGCCCUAAGGGCCAAGUUUCAGGAGGAGGCCGCCUUAAAACAGAUGAAGAACAAACCUGCCAUUCCGGAGAAGCCAAAACUCAUCCCCCCUCCUGGUGCUCGAGUUUCCCUUCUGAGCUCUAUCAAUUCAGCUGUGGAGAACAAGAUGCCAGUCAUACCCCGAGUUGUCUUCAGAGAUGCUAAACCUGGACCCGAGGCUAAGAGGCCCCUCUCCCUCCCACCAUCUUUGAAACCCAAAGACCCUGUUCGAGAUUCCAACUUUAACACAGAAUUAUUGGACCAUCAGCAGAAAAAAGAGGGAGAUGUUGUGAAGCAGGCAUUCAAAGAUGGAAAAUUGCCCCUUGUGCUGCCUGUGCCUCCAAAAGUAGAGAAACCUGACCCAGCCCCUCCAGCCAAAAGCCUCACACCCAAGAAAAAGGCCUUCCUACCCUUUAAAUCAAAAACAUCCAAGUCAGGAAAAGAAUCUCCAGAAAACAAUGAGGGCCCUGCUAACACCAGUCCAGUGGCAAAACAGCCUGCACCAACAGUUGAGGUGACGGAAGUGGAGGCCCCAAAACUGGAGAAUGGGAACCUUCCCCAUGAGGCAGGUCUAGGUUCUGAACCCCAGUCUCCAAACUCAGAGAGGGCAGAAACUCCGCCCUCAGCUGAUGAGGGGGCAGAGGAAGCAUCUACAGGGAGCAGGACCCCACCUUGUGAUCAGAGGGUUCUUAAUGCUCUGGAAAAAGCAAAGAAGAAAUUUUCACCCAUUCACUCAUUGUCACAAAGCCGGCCAAAUAGUGCUUCCCCUGUCAACGGGGAUCAAUCUAAUGUACUAACCCCCAACCGACCACUGCCUGAGCUGCCUCCCAUAGACUAUGAGGACCCGUCUGGGGACGUUCCCAACAAUCCACCCACAGCUACCCAUCAGGCCACUGCAGCGUGUGUUUCUCCAGAUGAGAUCGAUGGCCCAUCACACAGGCAGUCCUCGCCUACUUUGGACGGGACUAUUGAACAUGGGACAGGGGACUUACAGCCAAGUUUGCAGGCUAUAAUUUCACCACCAAGAAAGCCUCUCCCAGACUUGGACUCUUUGGGUCCUUCACCAGAGAAGCCCCCUAGGCCCCCAUUUGUGGAUCUCAGUUCUUACCAGACCACAGCACCAGAGGCUCAUGUGGAGAGUGCACCUGAGGUUCUAACACUUCAGAAUCUGGCACUUGAGGCUCCAGAGAUUGAAGCUACUGAAUGUGAGGCUGUGGAAUUUGAGGUUCCACCAUCAGAGGUUCCUGAACUUCCUGAGUUUGGGACAUCUCAACCUGAAGCUCAAGAGGCUUAUGAAGAUGGGGCUCCUGAAGGUGGUGUCCUUGAAACUCCAGAUCUCGGAACUUCAGACCUUGCAAGUGUGGAUCUUGGCCCCCCAGAUCUCAACCCACCAGAUGUCACCCCUCUGGAUGAUGGAGCUCAGGACCUUGGAGCUCUGGAUCUUGAUGUUUCGGACCUUAGAGCUCCAGAUCUUGUCGCUCCGGAUGUUGAGGUUCCAGAAUCGGGGGUUGUGGAACUUGGGAAUUCAGAAUUGGAAGUUCCACCAAUUGAGACUCCAGAGGGCGACACUUCAGGGACCGUGGUCCUUGAAUCUUUACCUGCUUCUCCUAAUUCUUCUGUGAACAAAGAGAGUGAACAACAAUCAGGUUCUCGCCAGGAUAGCCAUUAUGAAAGCUGUGACAAUGUUUAUGAAGAUGUGGAGGCUGUUUCAAAGUUUCGCAGGGGUCAAAAUACACGAAAACGCAAAGGACCUCCAAAGAAUCCUUAUGCUGAUUCCCAACCAGCAAGUGAAGAAACUCAUAAGACCUCUUGGUUCUUUAAAAAUGAGCGAAAGGUGAGCCCGGAGGCUCAUGAUGACAAAGAGUUGAAGAAGAAAGAAAAGCAACGUCUGGAAAAAGAGAAAAAAGAACAGAAAGAGAGGGAGAAGAAAGAAAAUGAAAUGAAAAAGAAGUUCAAAAUCACAGGGCAGGAGGAGGCUAUGUACCAGGCAAGGGUCACUAAAGCGAGUAAGGGCCGCAAGAAUGACCUGCCUGUGAAGAGUGGGGACUUUGUCAGCAUUAUCCGCACCACCAACUGUCCCAAAGGGAAAUGGCUGGCCAGGGACAACAACAACAAAUAUGGGUACGUGUCUGUAAAAAGUGUGGAGCUGGACAUCAAGGAGAUGGUGGAGCUGGGGAAGAAGGCAUCCCAGGCAGCAGGCCGCAGCGCUGCGACUGAAGGAGAAACUGCCAGUGUGGGCAGCAGGUCCUCAAAUCACUACCCCUUGUCCACUGGCAGCUUUACAGAUGACAGUGAGGAAUGGACAUGUGAUGAUGAAGACACUUUGUCUCCCACAGAAAACAAGGGGCACAGUCGGACUGUCUCAAUGCCUGAAAUGCUUUGCCAACAGACUGAUGUUGAGCACACCUUCAACGAUGGCAUAUCAGAGGACAGCAAUGCACACGCAAGACAUGAGGCACUUCAGAAACUGGCAACCUUCUUCCAGCAUCAGAGAGAAACUACUGAAAUUGUGGCAGAAAACAACACUGAAGAAAUAACUGAAGCAGAACCAAGCCUGUUGUUUCCUGCAGUGGAGCCAGCAUACCUCGGUGAACAGGAAGAAGAUUUGCAGCUGCCAGACAUGGAGAUCUUGCCCCCGCCAGAGCUGUACGCUGACAGCGUGGAUGACGGAUCUGCCCAGCCUUCCCUCAGUUAGCAUGGAAAGAACAAUCUGGAGAUUGGAAGGGUGCCACAGGCCAUAGGUCACUGUGUGUUGUUGACUGUGUUACACAGUGGAGAAACACUCACAAGUUAAAAACGCUGGUAAUACGAAGGAUUUAUCUAGCCAAGUCACAAGGUUUUCCUCUGCUGUAUUGGUGAAGAACGGCUUUUUUUGUUUUUCCAGCUAUUGUUUUUGUGGUUGUUGCUUUUGUUUUUGUUUAAUAACGGUGACAGUGCAGGAGCCCUGGAUAACAUGGAAGUAAAAGUCAAGAGGUUCAGUUUGAAUGGGAAACCAUGACAGUCUUAGUCCAGACUCAGAACAAACUAGGACUCCCAAGGUCAUCAGAUGGAAUGGGGCACUUAUCAGUGGGUGCCUGAAGUGGACUACAUGUAGUGUGGGAUUAAGGGAAAGUGAAAAUUUAAUUUAGUUCACCUUUAGGUCAAAAAUGUUCAGUUUAGAUUUGCGGGGAAAGGAAAAAAGAUUGAAACAUAAUAACAGAAGCUAAAAGGCCAGCCUCUUCCUGAUGUUUGAAACCGGAGUGACGUUGGUCGUAGCAGUUAUCCAACUGGCUCAGAAAUGGCAAACCCAGAAGUUACAGAUGCAUGUGGUUUAUUGACCAGAAAUUCUUGUUGGUGGAAUGCUGGAGUUGGAGAGAUUGUCUUGCUUAAUUUGGGCACGGCAGCCACCUGUCAGGUCCAGAUUUGUCAGAUUCAUAGAUCCAAAAAAUAUGUAUCUUAACUAUCCAUUGGUGAAGACCACAAGAAAGGUGUCUGUGGGUGCUGAGAAUGGUCAUGCCUUUGCUAACUGCAAGUGUUUUUAUUGAAUGAUUGUUUACUAUCUAGAAUGUGAUGCAAAUACAGUUGAAGAUCUCACAAUUUAUUAACAAACUAAUAAGUAUUAGGA